AAGAUGAUGACUGCUGGCUUACAUAGAGAUCUAGCAGACUUCAUUUACGUAACCUACUUUUGGAGGAUACAUGAAUCCAGUCUCACAGUCCCAUCUCUAAAAGUUAUAAAAAUUCUUUACAGCUCUAGAUCUAGGAAAGAUCAGAGAGAUGAAUAAAUCUCAUGGCAUUGGUUAUAGCCCUCUCCGUGCCAAAAGAAGGCAAAGUGAUGCUAAAUGGAGAGCUAGUGUGGCCACAUGUUAUGAUGUUCUUAAAUAUGUUAUACCCAAUGUUCAGAAUUUAUCUAAACGAAAAAUAUCAAAGGCCUUGAUAUUACAAGAAUCUGAAAAACAUAUCAAGAAACUUGAAACAGCGCUCUGCCAUAUGCUCCAUGUGGAAGGUAAAAGUCAAGGUAAAGAGAUCUUGAUGAAAGAUGAAGAAAGCUGGUCACACUGUACUCUAGAAAAACUGCAAACUGAUUUUACUGAAAAGCAGCGAUUGAUAUUUCACAGUUCAACUCAUGGGCGUAGGUGCUAUAACUUGCUUCAUGACAUUAAAGAAGAUGUUUUCAAUAUGCAGGCAGAUCCUUCUAAGCUUCUAGUUGUUUCAGAUGUUAUUAGACUAAGCUGGGAAGACAGUUUCAAUGCUGGAAGUGAAGCAGUUACAAAUAUAAAAAACAAUACAGAUACAACAGAGCCAAAUUUAGACCACAGCUUUGAAAUUAAAGUUGAGAAUGUUGAGAAAGAAGCAGAACAUUCCUCCAUUGGUGUGGACUAUACUUACUUGCUGAAAGCACUGAAAUGUGAAGGAGAGCAGAAAGUGCCUGAUGCAUCUACCCACCUCAAGCCAGUGAGACAGAAGUAUUCCAAGCUUACUUUUCCCACAGAAGAAAAAGUGAAACAAGAAGUCUCAGAAGACAGUGCCAACCAAACUGAUGUCAACAAUUCUUAUAAAGUUGUUGUCAGCUAUACUGACAAUCAUGUGUACGAUAGAAAAGAUGGCAGAAGGGUAAGCACCCUGUUGCCCAAUUUGAAAGAAAAAAGUCACAAGCCAAAUGUCUUUGAGAAGAGUAAUCAGGCUGAUUCCAACACUUACAUAUUAAACAGUCCAGUGGAAGUGGCAUUAACAGAAAUUAAGAAAGAAGAAACAAUCACUCCUUCAACUCCAAUGACUGGCUGUGAUCCACUUUUGUGUUCAGCUUCCAGUCCAACAUUCCAAAAGUUACAUCCACUGGUCUCAACCUUUGAUACAGAUCUACUUCUGAAACGACCAACAAAGAUUGGGUCUGCCAGAAAAAAGCUUAACUUCAAUGUAAACCCUCAAAUGGUAAGCAAUACUCAAGCGUUUCAGCCUCUAAGUCCAGACAGGCAAUUGUUCUCAUCACCCAGCUCAGGUUUUACACCAGUCAAGCUCCCAGAUGAGUUCAGUUCUGAUGGGAAUAACUCUUUUGUUUCACCAUGGAAAGCCUUGAAUUCCCCAUUUGAAUCUAGAUCAGAAUUGCAAAGUUAUGCCAGUAGCACAUUAUCUGGAUUGGAGAAUAGUCUAUUGUGUUUUGAAUCUAUUGACAGUGCUGACUUGGAAGAUAGUCAUGGAAAAGAUAGCACACCAGAAAGACAGUAUGUAACAGUUCUGCCCGAAUCUGAAGACAGAUGUAAAAGAAAAAUGUCUAAGCAAUCAACACAUUGUCAUAAACAGCAACCCAAAUGUCGUCGGAAAUUGGAAAGAUUCUAUGAUCAGGAAGAUUUUGAAAGAAACAGCACAGAUUUGGACAGUACUCAGGUGGUACCUCAACUUGAUGCAGAAAUUGUUUCCAGUUUUGAUUUUGAUUGGGAUAUGAAAACUUUGUCUCCUUCAGUGCUGGAACAUCAGAAAGAUGUGACUGACUUUGAUGGGUUUUACUUGUAUUACUGUCAAGUAAACCAACAGCUGAAUGAGACUACAGAUAAUCAGGAAGUGCCCACAUCAGCAGUGGCUGCUAAAGUAGCUCACAUGUGGACUAAACUGUCUGACCAGGACAAAAGUACACUGACCACACUAGCCAGCCUUGAGCUUCAAGAGAGUGAGGACAGCAUCAGGCUAAGUCAGGACCUGGAAGAUGUACAAGUAGAACCACUUGACCCUCAAGAGCUGAUACACACAUUAGAUGAUUGAUGCAUGUUUAUUGGAGUGGUAUGUUCUCUGGACUGUCGUCUUUAUGGUCCGAGGUUCAAACUCUGCCAGCUGCCAUCUCCCUGCUGUCCUGUAAGAGGUUUGGGUUAGGAUGUUAUAAUCUUCAAUUGUGAAGGAACAUCCAAAACAUUUAAAACACCUUAAUUCAAUGUUGUUUAAAAAUUUCAGAUUAUUUAAAACAGUUUAAUCUGUUAUUGUACAUUUCAUUUGUUAUGUAUAAAGAAUGGAUAUUAUCUAUUUUAUAUUAUUAUGUUGAAGUUAUUUAUUGUUUUAUUGGUAUACUUACACUUAUGAACAGUUUUAUUUUAGUUGCUUUUCAAAUGUUUUGUGUUUAUUUAAGGAAAGCUUUUUUUUUUUAAGUUUAAUUCAAUCUAACUUUACUUGUAUCUGUUUAUGGUGUUAUCUUUUAGUUUGAAAAAAAGUCAUGAGUCCAGCAAUGUUUUUUCUAAAGCUAAUGUGAACAAUUUAGAGAUAUAAUAAUCUUCUUUCUAAAAAAAAAAACUUAAGUUCUAAGACUGAGGACAAGACUUUGAAAAUGUGCGGGGUUGGGGUAGAAGUAAUGUUUGUUGCAUAGACUCAUUGGUUAUCAUUAGAGUGGCUGAACCCAUUCUUGAACUUGAAGGUAUCACAAAAACAUAUUUAAUAUUAUUAUAGAUUUCCUAUAAUUGUAACAUUCCACACCUGGAAAACUAUUACUGUUAUGAUAAUGAAAGUCCUAAAUGCUGGGCUGAAGCUUACAGCACUACUGCUAAAUAUAUAUAUUUUAUGAAUCAUGCAAUGAAACAGAUUAAAACGUGCCAUGAAGUUUAUGCUACAUGGAUGGAGAACAAAGAAUUAAAGUGGUUCAUUUGUUUGAUCAUUUCUAACAUACCAUGGAUCAUAUCACUUCAAAACUUUUUAAUAUUUUUUUUUUAAACAGAUCUUCUUUUGUCUUCUUGAACCAUCCUAAGUUUGAAAUAUCUGUUGGCUUUUUUUGGGUUACUUUAUGCAAUUAAACUUCUUUGAUACUUUAGCAGAUAUUUAAAGCCCUAUUAUUACAUUGUAAUCAUUUUCUUUUUUGAAGUAAAGUCUGGUUUUCAUAAAUUUCAUUAAUUAGACCACCAAAUCAAGGGAGAUAAAUAGUCACACUGACCUAACAAAAUGAUAAAAGAAAAUGCUAAAGAUAGAAAAUAUUAAAUUCGAAAUUUGUAAACUAAAUUGUUCUCUUAGUAAUCUGAGCAUUCUAACUCGUCUAUUAAGGUGUUAGUUUUAGCUUUUAACUCUGUACCUCAAUUUUAGGGUUUUAUUUUAUUUAUUUAUUUGUUUUUGUUAAUUAAUUAAAAGUAGAUGUGAUACUAUAAUCUAGGAAAACCUAACAUGUCUAGAUAUCUUACUGAAAUACCUACAGUAUUUGACACUUUUCAUGCAUUUAAUUUUAUUAUUAAAAAAGACGUAAUUUUAAUAUCUACAUUUGUUGUUUUAUUGUUAGUGUACAGAAACAGACACACACACAGAGAUGUGCUAUUCAAGAAUUUACAAAAAAUACAAGGAUCUAAUUAUAAGGGUUAGUGUGGGCCAGUGUUUCCCAAACUCUGUUUUGCGGAUUAGGUGUUCCACGAACUAUUGAAAUAAUCAACUAGUAGGCCAACAUGUGAAUUAAUCUCUAAGUAAAUGCAGAAAAAAAAAGAUUUGUUAAAAGUUCUUCUUGGUAAAAAUAUAAAUACUCUAACAAGGUUAUGAUAUUUGAACUGAUCUAGAUUGCAAAAGUAAUUAGAAACACAGGUAAACCAUUCAAUGAUUUCUGGUCAAGUUUGUCUGAAGGGAAUCAUAUUUGAAAUAAUUAACAUUCUGUUAGCUACUCCCAAUGUACAAAGUGUUUUGUUGUGGAAAAGUUCGUGAACCACUGGUGGGGGCUAUUGUUUUUUUUUUUUUAAGCUUCAUUCCUUUUGUUUGUAUUUAACAUUUCAUUGAUUGGAUACUUUCAGUUGAUGUUUAAGCUGUUUUGGUUUACAAGCCUAACACUCAGACAAAAUACAAAAAAAUUACAAGACAUGUGAUACAAUGACAAGAAGCCAAAAUAAAAAAAAAAAUUGUAUUAGAGGGUUUCAAAUAUGUUUAUGAUCAUUACAUAUAAGUCAUUAGUUUUAAACUAAAACAAAAUAUCAAAUUAUGUACCGGUAAUCAUAAAUUAAAAAACAAAAAGUUUUAAUAUACAUCAAAUUAUCCUUACAAACUUUAGAUUAGUAUUAUUAGUAAGAAAAGAAUAUUUACAUUUGAUAAGAGUAACACCUUCAGUAGACCACUAAAUUUAGAAACCCUUUAGGAUAGAAGACUUUAAAGUAGCAAAAAGCAAAAUAUAAAAAAAAUCCUAUAAGUUAAAUCCAAAGCUUAUCUAAAGGGGAAGAACUCUGUCCUUAUCGACCAAUAAUGUAUAAGCUAUUUCCCUUAUUUGGUAUCAAACAAAAUAAUUAAUUGACUACUUCAGUAUUUUGUUUAUUGAUUCAUGUUUUGUUAGGUACAAUCAAUAAUUGUUUAAUUGUAUCAACUUGAUUGGAGAAUGCGU